UUAGGUCUCAGUAAGAGUGGCCUGUUCAGAGCCAGCGGGUCAGUGAAACGCUGCCGGGAACUGAGGAUAAGUUUUGAUCAAGGAGGAUUUCCAGAGUUUGACAGUGGGGAUAUUCUUACUCCGGCCUCCUUGUUGAAAGUUUUCCUCAGGGAAUUGCCUGGUGCACUUAUUCCAGAGUCACACAGGACACAACUGCUGAAUGUGUUCAAAGAUUCAAAAGAGAGAGAACUGAAUCAGGCUGUGAGGACGAUCCUGAACAGUCUCCCAGAGGAACAUUUUAAUGUCCUCUGCUACCUAAUGUUCUUCCUGUCCCGUGCGGCUGCUGAGAGUCAUCUAAAUCUUAUGACAUCUGGGAACUUGUCAAUAGUUUUUGGACCCAGCAUCUUUCACGUUCCUCUCAGCCCCACCAUGGUUGAGGAACAGGGGCAGUGUAACGCUUUGACUGAGCACCUGCUGGACAACCUGAUCCACCUUCUGCCAAACAUGUACCCUCAUGCACCCACCAGCAUCACAGCA